UUUUUCAUUUCGUUUGGUAGUUAAUGCAUGCUUAUAUUUCUCUAAAGAAUUUAUAUUAAUAUUUUGCUUGCUUAUUUUCAGUUAUUUUGUGACCUGUUCUUGCAUUGCACCAUAGACAUUCAAUCAUGGAGAAGAAGGUCAUUGACCGUUUUUACCAUGAGCAUCCUUUGAUUCUCAUUGAAAAUGUGAGUAAAGACGAGACUCCAAAUUGUUACGGGUGUGGUAUUCCCGUGAAUGAUUUGGAGGUCGCGUAUGCUUGCACGGUGCAAAAUUGUCCGAAUAGGAUUAUCCUGCACAAGAAAUGUGGGGAGUUACCUAGCCAAAUUUUGCACCCUAAACACCCUGACCAUCCCCUUCACCUAUUUGAUUACCACCGUUCAUUGGGCCUCUGGUGCGAUAUGUGUACGUCUGAUCUUGGUAAGGUGCUAGGGUACCAGUGUUCGAGCUGUAUGUUCGACUUCGACUUGAGAUGCAAAAGAAUAAGUAUUGAUGAUAUAUUAGAGGGGGAGAGACAAAUUGAACACCCAAGUCACCCUAAUCACCCUUUGACACUAAUGAGAAAGCCCUUAUUUUCAUUUUAUUGUGAUGGUUGUGGCGUUGAUGAUGUGGACAUGGUUUACAUAUGCUCAACAUGUGAAUUUAUGGUACACAAAGCUUGUGCAUCGUUGCCCCUCCUUCUCCCCAACAAUCUCCGAUACCACCACCAUCGUCUUUCUCUUGCCUUCGUUUUUCCAAUGGAAUAUCGCAAAUAUAUAUUCAAUUGUGAUGUCUGUCUCAAAAGAUUAGAUAGAACAAGUUGGAUGUAUUUUUGUGGUGAUUGCAGAUUCUUUGCGCAUAUCAGGUGUGUUGCAUCCACGACUACGGAGAUAGCAGAGGAAGACUCAAAUUUAGGCGGAGAUGAUGAUGGUUUCGAUGUGGUUGAAUUUCCGCUACGUGCACAUGACAUAUCGAAGGAGUUAAUCACACCUUUCGUGAUGAGAGAAAAAGGUCUUGACAACAUCCCGGAUGUAACAAACAUGCCAGCAACAGUGAAGAUGCCGGAGACCACGGCAAGUUUUUCAUUUUUAUUCAACUAUCACAAGCAUCUAUUGAGUUUGGUUUCUGAGUUGCCUCUUCCAUUGGAUGGGAGAGACGACGAUGAUGUUUUGAAGAUAUGCGAUGUGUGUGUAACACCCAUAUCUUCUCCUCCCUACUACGCGUGUGCUGCUGCUGCUUGCAUGUAUUUUGUACACUCCAUUUGCUACUUGUUACCCAAAACAUUAUCUUCGUCAGCAGCAGCAGCAGCAGCAGCACCGUCGUUGUCUCCUUACCUAUAUUGUAAAUGCCCACAACCACAUUAUAAAACCCGUAGACUCACACUCUAUACAAGCUCGGAAUUAACGGAUAUGGACGUUUCGCUGUGCAAGUGUGAGAUUUGUGGUUUACUCACAAACGGAAUGAUGUACGAGUGUGGCGGGUGCAAAAGUAAGAUAGAUGUCAAGUGUGCGUCUCUACCAACGAGUAUCAAACACGCAUCUCACCUGCGUCACAGGCGGCUAGUCUUGACUAGAACCCCGCCACGAGAAGAAUCCAGCAAACUGAACUUUUGCCGUGGCUGCACAUACUAUUUCAACAACUCUGUAGCAUACUGUUGCAGCCGCGAUGACUGUGACUUUGCGUUGCACGUGGAAUGUGCUAUGCUGCCUGCGAGCAUAACGAGGCGUGAGUGGGACGAACGCCAUCCUCUGGUGUUGUCGUUCCAUGCCUCCUUCGACCAUCCCUCCGACUUCAUUUGUGAUUUUUGUGAGGAGGAAUUGCAUCCCAGGAGGUGGAUGUAUCACUGUCGCCAAUGCAACGUUUCUUUCCACCUUUUGUGCCUCGACACUGCUUCCGGUGGGUAUAGAAACAUCAAAUUUGGGCGCCGGUUUGUGUUGGACGGGCUUCACCGGAAUCACCCUCUCACAUUCAACUGGAUCACUGUCAAGAGAAGAUGUGAUAUUUGUCAUAGGAAUGUGUAUAGCUACUGUGGGUUAGAAUGUGCACCAUGUUACUAUGUUGUGUGCUUGGUUUGUGCUAGGACAGAGUUAGCUAAAAUGAUGUAACUAAUAUUCUUCAUAUCUUGUAGAUUUCAUUUGUGCAUUUUGUGCAAAGAUGGA